CCUGCAGAGACGCUCGGCAGCUCCGGAGGGUGUGGGUGAAGCUUUCGAAACUUUCAUUGUUUUGUUAGGAGAAACUAUCCAUCCAGUAAAAUAAAGCCGAAGUUAACGAUCGUUGAUGGGAUAUAAAGCGGACGGUGUGGUGGUGGACAGGAGUCAUGAACAACGCGGUUUAAGCACAGCUGAACCUGGACCGGUGUAAAGUUUACGAGCUUUCCACGGUGCUUGGGUGAAAUUGGAGCAUUAUCCACUAAACCAUGUAUGAGCCUCGGUACUAUGAUAGCCCCCCUGUGUACAGCCCACCCUACAGCACUACCUCCCACAGCUUGUAUCCCCCAAGGAGUGUCCAAUCCCCUCGGAGCCAGAAUGUCCCCUACACCUAUGAUGUCCCACCAGAGUCUUACUACAUGGAGGGGAAGCCUCAACACUUCUACCGCUGGUUCUCACCUCCUGGUUUUGUCAAGACCUUCCAAGGAGCCACGGUGCUCAUGUGUUUCCUCAUCUUCGCCUUAGUAGCGUCAACUUUGGUGUGGGACAUGAACAGAUUUGGCUAUGGGGGAUAUGGUGUUGUUGAUACUGGAGGUGUUGGAGGGUUGGGGUCAGGAUAUUACGGAGGUAGCUACGGCUAUGGCGGCUCCUACAUGACUCCUCAGUCUGCCAAGGCAGCGAUGAUUUCUAUGGCCGCCAUCAACUUCCCGGUGUCACUGGGGUUCUUGGUGGCGAGUUUCUCACGGUCACGGAGCAUACGGACAUGCAGGUUUUACCUCACUGUGUUCAUCUGCGAUAUCAUCUUAGCUGUCCUUCAGGGCAUCAUUGACAUCAUCUUUGUGAUUGGGGUGAACCCGAUGUCUCAGAGCUCGCAGAGCAUGCUGUACAACCCCAUGCUCAUGAUGUGUCAGAACAUCCAGGGCAGCCCUAGCCUCAGUGGCAGCGUGGGGGCCGGUUUUCCUGGGGGGUUUCCUCUGUACAAUCAAUACCUGCAGCACUACUGCUACAUGGACCCCGAGGAGGCAGUGGCGUUUGUGUUGGGUCUUCUGGUGGUGGUGGCUUUGUCGUUUUCUGCUUACUUCGCCUACAAGACCCGCAGCAAGAUUUGGCGCCAUGGAAAAGCUAACAUCCACUGGGAUGAGCCCGUGGCCAGGCCAUCGGAGGGGCAGGAUAUACAGGACUGGGUGAAUCAUGUUGGAGAAGUGCGCAGCACCCAGCAGGCACCGACUGUUGUUGUGUCAGAGAGAGCGGCGCCAGACCUGAGGGCGGAGAACAGCGUGGUCUCCUACGGCAAUGGAGCAGUCAGCAUCCACAGUGAGGGAAAUUACAAAACCAACAGUGUCUCUGCAAACAAGAGCAAGACACAUGGUGCUGAGCCUUUGUACCAAAACUGCAGGGCCAUAGUUUGUCCCAGCAGCUCUUCAGAUGAGAGUGACAGCAUCAGGCCUCCACCUUAUUACCUGAAGAAGGAACGGAAAAAGGACAGAGAGCCAAUGCCUGCUGCUCAGGCGACGAUCGAGUCGCAGUAUGAAACUGGUUACACCACGGGAGACACCGGCAACGGGCUGGACCGGGACCACACAGAUUACCUCUACAGGCUGUACCCAGAGAUAACUUCAGAUGAGCAGCGCAGAAAAUACAAGAAGGAUUUUGACUCAGAUCUGUUGCGCUAUAAGAUCCUCUGCAGCGAGCUGGAUGACAUCAGCGACAAGAUGCACAAGCUGAGCCGAGAGUUGGACGCACUGGAAGAAGACUCCAUGAAGUACCAGGGUCUGGCAGAUGAGUAUAACCGACUGAAAUACCUUAAAAGUACGCCUGAGUAUCAAGCAAAGAAGAAGCAGAGUAAGGAACUUCGGCAAAAACUUUUCCACAUCAAACGUCUGGUGAAAAUCUACGACCAAGGUUUCUGCUAGUGUACAUUAUUCAUCUGUCCAGAAAGGUGUGCUGACAAGAAUUCACCCAGCAUUUACUGACUUUUCCUUCACUGGCUGCACAGAACUUCCCUGCUAGUGGCGCUAAUACUGGUCCUACAGCCAGUGAGCCUCAUUUCUGUUUUUGACAUUAAUGUUCAUGAAGCUGUAAGCAUACAGCAACUCUGUGUGUGGUUUUAAACUGCAUAAGAACACGGCACUGUCAUAUGUCUGUCACCAUGUCUGUCAUAUUUAAGCAUGAGAUUUCAAUUUCAGUUGUAAUUUAAUUUAAAUAUAUGACAAACUAUGUAAGAAUACGCUGGAAGAUGAGCAUAAUGUAAAU